AUGUUUGUGUUCAUUUUCCAGUUUUCGAGCUGUAUCCUUGGCAAUACUGAUACUUGCAGGUUUGCUGCUGGCUACAUGUUCGAUGCUUACAUUGUCUCUGAUUGCGUGUCUUUUUUUCUGAAUGGCACAAGAUCAUGCACUUAUUUUGAUGGUGUUUAUUAUCUUAUCUGUGUCCUGGUGUCCCAGCAUGCCUUUGUGCCGAAUAGCUUUGAGCUCCUCGUUUUUUCCUACCUCAUCAUCGUUUUCUCUUUUCUGUUUCUCGAUCCAUUCCCUUUGUUUAGAUCAGAAGAACCCCCGGCUCGAGUCAGGGCCAAGUUCUCGUCCGUCACGACAUUUUCACGCGUUCGCCUCCAAUCUGCGCGGUCCUUCUUCCCUCUGAACCGGUCUCCUGACUUGGCUGAUCGUGUUCCUCUCUUGCCACCAGAUCCUUGGAUCAUCCUUCCUUACCCAUUGCCUAUCCAAGCGGGCCUCGAGUGUGGGUCGUCAAAGCGAGGACUUCAAGUCUGUUGUCUGUUUGUUUGCGCUUUUAAGAAUAUAUUGCUGCAAUCAACCAUUUCCCCACCAGUCCCACUCGUCGGGAGGCUCUUGUCAGACUCGUCCGCGGUGUACCAACCGGCUGACUUGGGGCUCGACCCUUGGGCUCAAUCAACUCCUGGGGCCCACAACUGGUUUUGCCACCUGUUGCACCUUCUCCUCGAGAUCAGCUUGUCUUCUCUCAAAGAGACCAUCUCAUCUGACCUCAUGAUUUCGGCCCAAUACGAAGCUUCCCUCAUACCUCAUGGCAUUUAUUACUCUCAUCUCUGCAUGGCAGACUUCUGCGGGUGGAAUCUGCUUCGGCAGACUUCGCCCCAAACCCAAUCUUAA